CGUGCCCCGCCAGCGGAGGCCGGGAGGACCAGGAACCCAGGAGAGCAUGGCCACGCUGCGCCGGCUUCGGGAGGCGCCGCGGCACUUACUGGUUUGCGAGAAAUCCAACUUCGGCAACCACAAGUCGCGCCACCGGCAUCUUGUGCAGACGCACUACUAUAACUACAGGGUUUCAUUUCUCAUUCCUGAAUGUGGGAUACUAUCGGAAGAACUGAAAAACCUGGUCAUGAACACUGCACCCUAUUACUUUGUGAAGAAUUUACCUCUUCAUGAAUUAAUUACACCUGAAUUCAUCAGUACCUUUAUAAAGAAAGGUUCUUGCUAUGCACUAACAUACAAUACAAAUAUUGAUGAAGAUAAUACUGUUGCCCUGCUACCAAAUGGGAAAUUAAUUUUGUCACUGGAUAAAGACACUUAUGAAGAAACUGGACUUCAGGGUCAUCCAUCUCAGUUUUCUGGCAGAAAAAUUAUGAAAUUUAUUGUUUCCAUUGAUUUGAUGGAAUUAUCCUUAAACUUGGAUUCUAAGAAGUAUGAAAGAGUAUCUUGGUCCUUCAAAGAAAAGAAGCCAUUGAAAUUUGAUUUUCUUUUGGCUUGGCAUAAUACAGGUUCAGAAGAAUCGACAAUGAUGUCGUAUUUUUCCAAGUACCAAAUUCAGGAGCAUCAGCCAAAAGUAGCACUGAGCACGUUGAGAGAUCUCCAGUGCCCAGUGCUGCAGAGCAGCGAGCUGGAGGGAACGCCAGAGGUGUCCUGCCGGGCUCUGGAGCUCUUCGACUGGCUCGGCGCCGUCUUCAGUAAUGUCGACCUAAAUAAUGAGCCUAAUAAUUUCAUAUCAACCUAUUGCUGUCCUGAGCCAAGCACAGUGGUGGCAAAAGCUUAUUUGUGUACAAUCACUGGCUUCAUACUUCCAGAGAAGAUCUGUCUCCUAUUGGAACAUCUCUGGUAACUGGCAGAAGCAAAACAGAUUGUCUUUGGAGGAACUCGGAGAGUUUCAAGGAAUGUAAGUUCAUAGAAAAAAAUCACAAGUGUAAAAUAGACAAGAACCAGCAGAAACAAGGGGCAGAAGCAGGCCGUUAAGUCUCAGAAAGACUUAAGAUGUUAAAGUUAGCAAGCACAUCCGUAAAGUAUGCUUUAUGCUUACAGAAAUAAGGAGGGUUAAAUGGCACGAGUAUAAGAACAACGAAGCAGAUUGUAAAAAGUGCCAAACAAAUCUGGGAAUGAAAAAUAUAAUUGAAAUUGCAAAUUCCACUGGUUGGUUUAACAGCAGACUAGACGCCACUGAAAAUAGAAUAAUGGAUAUGAAGAAAUUAAGAUCUUUUCAAAUUUGCAAAAGCUGAAAGACUGUCACCCACAGGUCUGCACUGCAAGAAAAGUUAAAGGAUGUCCUUUGGGCAGAAGGAAAAUGCCUGCCUUCUGAAGGAAAUAAGCACUGGAAAUAGUAACAACAUGGGUAAAUGUAGGAUUUAUUAUUUAAACCUCUUUAAAAGACAGUUAUUUAAAUAAAAGUCAUAGUGUGGGAUUUAUAAUAUAUGUAAGAGUAAAAUGGAUGACCACAAUAGCUUAAAGAUUAGGAGAGAGAGGAGAAUCAUGCUAUUGUAAAGUUCUCAUACACAAGGUGACGUGCUACCAUUUGUGAUAAGUUACAGAUAUGUGCUGUAAACCCUAAAGCAGCUGCUAAAAUGACAUACCAAAAAAUCAUACCUAUUAAA